AUGACAACGGUCCGGAUCAACGUUUACUCUGGGUAUGAAGAGUCUGUGGGACUAACAGAGCAAAGCUGGUCCUUCGCAGUCCUCGUAGCAUUCCCGAAGAGUUUCCACGCGAAGUCUACUAUUGUGCAUGAUCAGCGGCGUUGGGUCCUCCUUCACAGCGCAGAGCUUAUCGCGGCGGCUAACUGGGAACAGUCGGCAAUCGCGAGGAUUGGAAUCUCUUUUACACGGAUUCUCAUCGAUGAGCUUCGAGAGUUAGACGGCGAGGCUACAACGCUAGCUCAUAUCUAUGCCCGGGUCUUUCGCUUCGCACAACAGAAUCAGAUUGGGCCCGCACCAAUCUAUAUCCCCAAGGCGGGCUUGCUAAGCGUAACUAUCGGCCGUGGUCGUGCAACAGAACGUCGUGCACGAUCGAUUACAAGAAGCAAUGACCGAGAGUCGUACAGAGUGCUUCUUAAUGUCAAAGUCCGAGGAGAUUUUCUCCCUGACUUAACCCAGUGGGAGGAAUGGCUCACUCGUAAUAGUCCCGUCUGCGUCCUAUCUGCUGAGGUGACCGUCGAAGGAGCGUGCCGAGGCUCCAGUCUUCCCCUUUUCUCUGUACCUGCGGAGGUAAGGACGAUGAUGCUGGCUGGUGACCCAGCGGAUACUUUUAUUGAGCAUGUAACAUGUGUCUGA